UGUUCACACCCGUCAGCUGUUCACUAUUGAGACCUGCACACACACGCGGUGGCGGAGCUGCUGUGUGACGAUACGAGCGAAUGUAGUUGUGCACCGUAGUCACAAAGACAGAGGAACUCGAGGAGUUUUCUGUGUAACAAUAGACCAAACUGCAUUUAUAGGCCGGUUGCUUACGUUAAAAGCAAGUGAAUUCAAUUAUUCUUCAUUUGUUUGUUUUGUGGUUUAUCCACGCGACAUCGGACGCUGUUGCCAGAGCGUUUAGUAUCGCCGCCAGUAUCGUGACUCUGCACGCGUUGCUUGUGGCAUGUUUGUGGAUCAAAGCAGACGGAACUGAAGUCCUCAUUGCUCCUGAACAGAAUUACAUCAUCUUCUCUGCCUUCAUGUUGAGGUUUGGCAUGCUCUUUGAGUAUUGUGCUGAUAGUGAUCAUAUCACUGUUCAAAACAAUGUCAGUCAGCUCCUAGAACGGACAACAGAGGCUAUUCAAGCCACAGCAACAUGCCAGUUGUCAAUAGGGAUUCAAUGAAAAUGUCGGUCUGCGUCCACGAGAACCGCAAGUCUCGUGCCAGCACGGGCUCUAUGAAUAUCUACCUGUUCCACAAGUCCUCGUAUGCCGACAGUGUGCUAAUGCACCUGAAUGCUCUUCGGCAGCAGAGACUCUUCACUGAUGUUCUGCUCCACGCGGGAAGCCGCUCUUUCCCGUGCCACAGGGCUGUGCUGGCCGCCUGCAGCCGCUACUUUGAAGCAAUGUUCAGCGGAGGGCUGAGAGAGAGUCAGGACAGUGAAGUGGACUUCAGGGACUCCAUUCAUCCAGAGGUAUUGGAGCUCCUCCUGGACUAUGCUUAUUCAUCAAGAGUGAUAAUAAAUGAGGAGAACGCAGAGUCUCUCCUUGAGGCCGGUGACAUGCUGGAGUUUCAGGACAUCCGUGAUGCUUGUGCCGAGUUCCUGGAGAAGAACCUCCACCCAUCCAACUGCCUGGGCAUGCUGCUUCUCUCAGAUGCUCACCAGUGCACCCAGCUAUUCCAGCUGUCCUGGAGCAUGUGCCUCAGUAACUUCCCUGCUAUCUGCAAGACUGAAGAGUUUCUCCAGCUGCCUAAGGACAUGCUGGUCCAACUGCUGGCACACGAAGAGCUCGAAACCGAAGACGAGCGUCUGGUCUACGAGUCGGCGCUUAACUGGGUGAACUACGACCUUGAGAGGAGGCACUGUCACCUUCCGGAGCUGCUCCGUACUGUGCGUCUGGCUCUCCUGCCUGCCAUCUUCCUCAUGGAGAAUGUCUCUACGGAGGAGCUCAUCAUCGCACAGGCUAAAAGCAAAGAGCUGGUGGACGAGGCCAUCCGCUGCAAACUGCGCAUCUUGCAAAACGAUGGCGUCGUCAAUAGUCCUUGCGCCCGGCCCCGCAAGACCAGCCAUGCCCUUUUCCUGUUGGGUGGCCCCACCUUUAUGUGCGACAAGCUCUACCUGGUGGACCAGAAGGCCAAAGAGAUCAUUCCAAAGGCAGACAUCCCCAGUCCACGCAAGGAGUUCAGCGCCUGUGCCAUUGGCUGCAAAGUGUAUGUGACUGGGGGCCGGGGCUCAGAGAACGGUGUGUCUAAGGAUGUCUGGGUGUAUGACACAUUACAUGAAGAAUGGUCCAAAGCGGCUCCGAUGCUGAUAGCACGUUUCGGUCACGGUUCUGCUGAGUUACGCCACUGCCUGUACGUCGUUGGAGGUCACACAGCUGCCACUGGCUGCCUGCCUGCAUCACCAUCUGUGUCCUUGAAGCAGGUAGAGCAGUUUGACCCAGUUGCUAAUAAGUGGAGCAUGGUGGCACCACUGCGAGAAGGAGUUAGCAAUGCUGCUGUCGUCAGCGUUAAGAUGAAGUUAUUCGCCUUCGGUGGGACGAGUGUGGCCCACGACAAGCUGCCUAAAGUUCAGUGCUAUGAUCCCUCAGAAAAUCGCUGGGCGGUCCCGGCAUCCUGUCCACAGCCGUGGCGCUACACUGCAGCUGCUGUUCUCGGCAACCAGAUCUUUGUAAUGGGAGGCGACACAGAAUUCUCUGCUUGCUCCGCUUACAAAUUCAGCAGUGAGACUUAUCAGUGGACUAAAGUUGGAGAUGUUACCGCAAAACGAAUGAGCUGCCAAGCAGUGGCCUCUGGAAACAAACUUUAUGUGGUGGGUGGCUACUUUGGUACACAGCGCUGCAAAACCCUGGACUGUUACGACCCCACGCUGGAUGCCUGGAACAGCAUCACUACCGUACCAUAUUCCUUAAUCCCCACUGCCUUCGUCAGCACCUGGAAACACCUCCCAGCCUGAAGCAUGCCUGUUCUCCCCGUGUGACCCUACUAUUCCUACGAGAAUUCUGUGUGUCCAUUUGUCGAUAUUGUCUACUGGAUUCCAACUGUGAAGAAACGCUAUAACCUUCCCGUGCAAUUUUAUGAAGAGACUUUCUCCCAUAAGAGCUAGCCUAAAUAUUGUGUACAAAGUCCAGUCGCAAAGCUUUUUUUUUUUUCUGCUGCAAGUUUGCCAAUUUUUUUUUUACUUCCUACUUGGAAGUUUUAAGUACAUUGUGAUGUCUCAUCCUUCGUUCUGUGGCGUAUCAUAACUUGGGCUUCACCAUGAAAACCAAAAGAACUGCGACGCACCCUGAAGUCCAGUCUGCUUUCAUCGUAACCAGCAUAAUCAUCACCUUCGUCCCUCACGUUUGUGUACUCUGACCAUUUUUGUACAAUGCUGAUGCCAUGCAAGCUAAAAUAGACCCGUAUGCCUGUCUUAAUUUGUAUAAUGCAUGAAGGAUGAGUGGAAGCCUUUGAUUGGGAGAACAACAAGAGUUUCAACGCAUGAUUGGAGAUGUUAAGAUCCUCCAGGAAAAGUACCUCAUGUCCUGAUAUGUAUCUACCUUUUCUCCCAUGUUGAUGUUAAAAAAUAGACCUUGCUCAGAAGAAAGGCUGAUGCCGACUCUUAAUGGACUGAUAAAAAUCACAAAAAGAACAGAAGGAAACGUGAGCAAGAAUUUUUUUUUUUUUUUUUUUUUUUUUUUUUUUUUAAGUACUUGUCCUUCACACGUCUUCUACGAGGAGGACAGGCAGAUGCUGAACUGUUCCUGUUGAACAUCCUUGGCAGCUUGGUGUGAAAAUGGACACGGGCACAAUGUGUCCCAAGGUACACGUGCCAGCUGUGCGUUUGCGACUAAGUGAGUGCGGGAGAGGCAUGUCCCAGCAUGUUCGUCUGAACGAGAGUCCGUCUGACCCCACUCAACACCCAGUCAUACUCCCGCCCCCUCAAAAAUAAACAGCUUGAGCAUGCCCUCUGAGAAAGCACCAACAAACACUGUACUUCCAGCUUCUGAUGACUGACUGACUACAGUUCAGUACAUUUCUCCUGCACAAGAUUUAAACUGUGCGAGACGCUUCUGUUUUGCCGUUUUUGCCUGUACUAUUCUAAGCACAUAGUCACGUAAACGUGAAUGACAGAAGGAGAGAGAAAAGAGGUGAGAGUCAUUUCGUCACCCUGCAAGGGAAUGCAGUCUCUAUGGCAACAACAACGAAACUGUAAAUUAAAAAAAAAAAAAAAAAGGACAAGAAAAAACUGCAAGAAACUGGUUGUCUGGCUUCACAUAUUUCAGUGUCUAUUAAUAGUCUUAAUUUAUGAUUUUUUUUAAGCUGUUUGUUUUGUUUGAUCCAUUGUGUAAUAACAAUAUUUCUUUUUUUAUUUAUUGUAAAUUUUUCUGCUUGGAUACAUGUUUAGAUGUGUAGAAGUUGACAGGUUUUUGUACCGCGCAUGGCCCAAAACGCUCUGUGUUCCAGCUGCUCUUUUGCACAUUUACAUAAGGUCAUUUUGACUGAGCAGGUGGAAUUUGUAGUGGUGAGCGAACUCUUGAGCCUCUUGGUUAUCUGAUCAAAAACAGGGAGGCUUGGAGGUCAAAGGUCAUUGACAGGAUAAGAAUGGUCCGAAUGAUGUCAGAGGUUCAGAUUACCCAGGGUGGGCAGGUCAGCAGAUGGGGGAGUUGGGAAGUGGUUUUGAGAGUUUGGGGGAUGGCUUUCUUCAAAACGGAGGGCCAGUUCACCCAAAAAUGAAGAUUGUCAUCUUGUACCCACUCUCAAAAUUGUCAUUUUUGGGUGAACUGUCCCUUUAAAUUUGACCCAAAAGAAUCAGGUUCUUUAGAUUAAGUAAUUGAUAUGUGCUGAUGUGCUUUAACCACAGGUAAAUUCAUCUAGUGGUGAUGGUUCUCUGACCUGCAUCAACUGUUUGUGAUCUUAUACAAUAUAGAUAGACCUCAAACCUUAGUGUAGUUUAGCAAGUGCUUUCAACCAGUGACCCCAUGCUAAACUGGGGCCAGUAUUCAGCCUCUGUAACUCUGCUCUGCAUCCAUCACUCUGUCAGUACUGAAACCCAGACUGACACAGAGUAUCUUUGGGUUGUAAGGGUCCCGUAGGGCUAGCUGAAGACAGCUGGAACUGUCACCAGCAUGUUGUAACUUUGACUGUCCCUUACAGUUCAGCAGUGCUGUUAACAUCAUGAUUGGAUUAGGAAUAUGUCACAGACACCUUUCUGGAUGUGCUCUUAAAAAAACAUGUUCCAAAAAGGGUUUUUCCCAGUGAUGCCAUAGACCAGUGGUCUCCAACCGUGCUCCUGGAGAGCUACCGUCCUACAGAUUUCAGCUCCAACCCCAAUCAAACACACCUGAACCAGCUAAUCAAGGUUAAUUACAGACAGGUGUGUUGGAGCUGAAGUCUGCAGGAUGGUAGCUCUUCAGGAGCAGGGUUUGAGAUCCCUGCCAUAGACGAAUCAUUUUGGGUUCUUUAAAGAACUUUUCCAUGGAAAGAUUCUUCCAAGAAUGUUGUUAACACUAGACACGAAUGAUGCGUUACAACAAAAGCAAAGAGCCCAUUAUAAACAGCAAGGCUGUCUACAGUGAUUGUGACAUGACAGACUAUAAGCUUAUGCUCCUUUAUGUUUCUGACACACUCCAUGCGCUUGGGCUACUUCCGACAACAGUACAAAUGGAUUCAGAACUUUUGUUUUGCGUUCAUUGUAGAUGGCGAACUAUGUAAACACAGUGUUAGUAUGAAGAACAUUUUAAUAAUCUAAAGAAUAAAGAACCUCAAUACAAAACCUUUACUUUUAAGAGUGGAUGUUGGUUGCUACAGCCUGUGACAUAAAAAGUGAUGAUUUCAUCAGGAAAAUUUAAUGAUGAUGAACAAAAUGGUGUUUAUUAUGAUAAAGCUGAAUCCCAAAGGUCUUGGAAUAACUAACACUUAUGUCUACAUAAGGGCAAAGACCGUAGUGCUUUCAUGUCAAUGCCAAAUGUACUUAUUGUAGAGAUGAUCUGUUUGAAUAUUCACUGCAGAGCAACAACAGUGUUCGGGUAGGUUGAAUAACACCACUAGCCAUUUGCUACACUAUAGCUGUUGUGACAACUCUGUUCUACAUGCUACAAACAAAUUAUAUAGCUUUAAAUGAUAUAAUAUAGUAUUCCAUGUUGUUCAAUUGCACAGCGACUGCAAAGUUGAAGGAAAGCCCUAAGAGUGGAAAACUGGUAGCAAAGUUCCUCCCACAAACCCUCUCAUCCCCUCCAGGAAAUUCUUGCUUACAAUGUUCCGAUCAGCCUUUAGGGUCUUACACCCCUUCCAUCUUUGACCCCUUCCUUCCCCCUUCCAGAAUACCUUUUCACAGAACACUCCACACUCUGACCUCCAGCCAAUCAAAAAACCCCGUUCUGCCCCCCUUCGCAUAACACAGUUGCCACAGCAGUGGUCAACAAUCAUUGCCCCCUCUCCAUUUUAACUAGUAAUAGUCAAGUGUUUUGUUUUUCUCUCCUCUCUCCCUCUUGCUCCUUUGCCCUCCCUUCUUCCCGCUCUCCUCCUGCUGAAGUGAAAGAUUGAUUCAGAGGUGACUCAUAAGCCUGUGUGCAUUUAGAACUCUUAAAAGCUGUAUGCCUUCACAAACAGACGCAUUGCUAAAGCACUGUCAGUGUUGGCCUGUACUGUUGUUUUUGUGGGCGUCAUUUUUCUUUUCAUUCCUGUAUUUGUCGUAUUCUAUAAUUGUAUUGUUAUUUUAUCUCAACCACUGCGGUUAACAUUAUUUUGUACAAGUGAUUUUUUCACAAUGUGAAAUUCAUGGCUGAAUAAAGAUAAGAGUUUUUCCUCUUAAAAGAUA